GGGUUAAAAUGACAUCAUGAUAGCUUGUGUCAAGUCCGUAAAGAGACAGUGGUGUAAUGUGCAGGUAAGAUCAGGAACUACAUUGUUCAAUGUGAAAAUAAACCAAGAAUAAAGGUGGGGUCACCGAGUUAGCUCUGUUGCAAGCUGUUCGUCUUCUGCCGGAAGCAAUGGAAGCCAUGCUCCGACUUCUCAGACGCCGGCGCGCCGGGGUGGGAUACGGCAUUUACAGCCAGCUUCGGUCCCACCACCAUAAGAGCGUGAUGGCUAUCCGGCGAGAGGACAUCAAUGUGUGGGAGAGGCGCGCGCCCCUUGCGCCCCGGCACAUCAAGGAGAUCACUAAUGCCGGCCACAAGGUGCUGGUGCAGCCCUCUAAUCGCCGAGCAAUCCACGAGAGAUACUAUGAAAAAGCUGGUGCCGUAAUUCAGGAGGACAUCUCCGAGGCUUCGCUGAUCAUUGGUGUGAAGAGGCCACCGGAGAAGAAAGUGAUCCCCAGGAAAACGUAUGCCUUUUUCUCCCACACCAUCAAAGCACAGGAAGCCAAUAUGGGACUAUUGGAUGACAUGCUCAAAAAGGAAGUGCGUCUCAUAGACUAUGAGAAGAUGGUAGAUGCGAACGGCUUCCGCAUUGUGGCCUUUGGGCAGUGGGCAGGUGUGGCAGGAAUGAUUAAUAUUUUGCAUGGACUGGGCCUUCGGUUUCUUGCCUUGGGCCACCACACUCCUUUUAUGCACAUCGGCAUGGCACACAACUACAGGAACGUCAGCCAAGCGGUGCAGGCAGUGAGGGAUUGUGGGUACGAGGUCUCCCUGGGCCUGAUGCCAAAGUCCAUCGGACCGCUCACCUUUGUGUUCACUGGAACUGGCAAUGUUUCCAAGGGUGCCCAAGAAAUUAUCAAUGAGCUCCCAUGUGACUUUGUGGAGCCCCAUGAACUUAAAGAUGUCUCCAGAUCUGGAGACAUGACUAAAGUGUACGCCACGGUACUGAGCCGACAUCACCACUUGGUGAGGAAGAGUGACGGCGAGUAUGACCCACUGGAGUACGAGAAUCACCCGGAACUCUACACAUCCCACUUCAGAAAGAGCAUUGCCCCCUACACUACCUGCCUGAUAAAUGGAAUCUACUGGGACCCCCAGACCCCUCGCCUGCUCAGACGGCCGGAUGCCCAGGCGCUGAUGUGCCCCGUCGAACGCUCGGUCUAUGUCACAGAGGGCUCUCCCGUCCUGCCCCAUCGGCUCAUGGCCAUUUGUGACAUCUCAGCUGACACAGGGGGCUCCAUCGAGUUUAUGACAGAGUGCACCAGCAUUGAUAAGCCAUUCUGUAUGUAUGAUGCCGACCAGCACAUAGAUCACGGCAGCGUGGAAGGCACGGGCAUCCUAAUGUGCUCCAUCGACAACCUGCCCGCCCAGCUGCCCAUCGAAGCCACAGAGUAUUUCGGGGACCGCCUUUGCCCCUACAUCUCGGAGAUGCUGUCCUCAGAUGCCACUCGGCCUUUGGACCAGGAGGACUUCAGCCCGCAAGUCAGAGACGCUGUGAUUACAUCGAAUGGAAAGCUCACUCCAAAGUUUGAAUAUAUUCACAAACUUCGAGAGAAAAGAAUUAUCCAAAGAUUGCAGGAAAGAGAGCGAGCGCAGAUCCUGAAGAUGAGCGGCAGGAAGCGCGUCCUCCUCCUCGGAUCCGGCUACGUUUCCGGUCCGGUCAUCGAAUACCUGACCCGGGACUCUGGGACCCAGGUGACCGUGGCCUCGGUGAUGUUGAAUCAGGCAGAAGAGUUGGCCCAAAAGUACCCAAAUACUAUACCCAUUAUGCUGGAUGUCACCAGCCAGGAGGCACACCUGGAGUCUCUGGUCAAAGACCACAACCUGGUCAUCAGCUUGCUGCCUUAUGCCUUCCACCCCAUGGUGGCCAAACACUGCAUCAGUCAGAAGGUGAACCUGGUGACAGCCAGCUAUCUCAGCCCAGCCAUGAGGGAGCUUCAGCAGAGCGCAGAGGAGGCUGGCAUCACCAUCGUGAACGAAAUGGGGCUGGAUCCUGGCAUAGACCACAUGCUGGCGAUGGACUGUAUUGAUCAGGCCAAGGCAGACGGAUGCAUGGUGGAGUCCUACAGCUCCUUCUGUGGAGGCAUCCCAGCACCCGAGUGCACGGACAAUCCUCUGCGCUACAAGUUCAGCUGGAGUCCCUAUGGCGUCUUGCUCAAUACAAUCAGCCCUGCCGUCUACCUGAAGGACAACAAGGUGAUCAGCAUUCCGCCUGGCGGGGCUCUCCUGGACUCUGUGGCGCCGAUGGAUUUCCUUCCCGGCUUCAACCUGGAGGGCUUCCCCAACCGGGACAGCACCACGUACGCCGAGCCGUACGGGAUCGAGUCGGCCCACACGCUGAUCCGGGGAACGCUGCGCUUCAAGGGCUUCUCCAGUGCGAUGAGUGGCUUCGUUAAGCUGGGCCUGAUCAACGCGGAGCCCUGCCCGAUGCUGGACCACUCCGCCAGCCCCGUGUCCUGGAAAGAGCUCCUGUGUCACGUGAUGGGAUUGCAGUCAUCAGUCAGCCACAGCAGCUUCUUGGAGGCCGUGUACGAUCGGAUCGGAAAGGAAGACCACAGAAUGGAGACCCUGAAGUGGUUCGGAAUGCUCAGCGAUGAACCGGUGCCUCAUGCGGACUCCAUCCUGGAUGCUGUGGCGAAGCAUUUGGAGACCAAGAUGCCCUACGUGAAGGGAGAGAGGGACAUGGUCAUCAUGCGGAACGACGUGGGGAUCCGGCACCCCGGCGGGGAGCUGGAGACCAGGCACAUCAGCCUCGUGGUGUACGGCGACCCCAACGGCUACUCCGCCAUGGCGAAGACCGUGGGCUACCCGGCCGCCAUCGCCGCCCGCAUGGUGCUGGACGAGGAAAUCGACACAAAGGGGUUGGUGAUUCCGCUGACCAAGAAAAUCUACGGUCCUGUUCUGAAGCGCUUGCAAGAGGAAGGGAUCCAGUUCACCGCAAAGAGCACGAUCUCAGAGUAGCAGUUACUCAGCAGCUAAGCAAUCAAACUAAUCACUGCAAUGGCAAACGGUCCUUUCUUCCUAUUGCACAGUCAGGAAAGCCCAUGGGCCCGGACAGGCGACGAGUGAACGCAUCUGAACCCUACUGCAAUAACUAGUCCUUACAUUUCAUACAACGCGAUACCGUCAGAUGUUCGGAAACACCACGAGUUGAAGUAUCCUUGGUUAAUCCUGACCUUUAGAUGCUCGCUUGGCCUGCAUUAAAAGUGCAUUCUGUUUACUCCUGUCAGUUUACACCUUUAGCUAAAGCGUACUUUGCACGCAUUCAAAUUAAGCAUUUAUAAUCUCCACCCUUAAGCAGUUAAUACUCACUCACACCCUGCAGAGAAACACCAGACAUACUGUAACUCCCUUUGGCCCUCGGAGAACCUGUCUUGCCUGCAGCCGCAUUAAAUUAAACUGUACAGUUGUCAGUUAAUAGCUACCCAAAAACAAGCAUUAACGUUCUAUUUUUUUAUGCAGCUGUUUCAUCUGCUCUUUAGUAUUGAUGCCUUAUUUUGUGGCUCAUAUAUUGACAUUCUCCAACCCCUGACGUCAAUAAUAAGUGUCUAAACUACUGUAAUAUUUUAUGGUAUACAUUGAGAUGAGGUUUAAUAUAAAUGCGCCAGUGGAGAUUAGAGGUCAUAUUUAAGCACAUAUUUAUAUGUCGUCAAAAGUCUAUUAUGUUAUAGCCCCACACUAAAGCACAUACUGUGUAAUGGUUUUCUAUGGUGUCAAUCAGUAUUUAUUCCAGUUUGGAUUGAGACUCUGGUGCUAAAGUUAAUAUAUAAUCCCCUUCCUGUUACAUUAAAACUCUUAACGGUUUUUGCUUUAUGUCUGGGCAUGUGAUUCUUAAUCUUCUGACAGUGAGGUUAAGGUGUUUGUAUCUCGCAGGAAAUAAAUAAUCUAUUUUAUGUG